UUCACCAGAAAACAUAAAACAAAUUAUGACAUCAACAUCCAAAGGAAUUUUCCGGCCAUUUUUAAUUAUCUUCAUUGUGCUGGGUUGUUUCAUGGCAUUUUUACUUAUUUACAUCAAACCAACAAACAGCUGGAUCUCUGGUCCCAUAGAAUCAGCCAGCUCAGUUCUGAAAAUGAAGAGCUUCUUUUCUACCAAAAGUGAUUAUUUUAAUGAAACAACAAUACUGAUCUGGGUUUGGCCAUUUGGGCAGACAUUUGAUCUUACGUCCUGCCAAACAAUGUUCAACAUCCAGGGGUGCCAUCUAACUAUUGACCGCUCACUAUAUAACCGAUCUCAUGCCGUCCUUAUUCACCACAGAGAUAUCAGCUGGGAUCUCACUAAUUUACCUCAGCAAGCUAGACCACCAUUCCAGAAAUGGAUUUGGAUGAACUUGGAGUCUCCAACUCACACUCCUCAAAAGAGUGGCAUUGAACACCUGUUCAACCUGACCCUGACUUAUCGGCGUGAUUCAGAUAUUCAAGUGCCUUAUGGCUUCAUGAAGGUUAGCACGAGCCCCUUUGCAUUUGAAGUGCCGAGCAAAGAGAAGUUGGUAUGUUGGGUUGUAAGUAACUGGAACCCCGAGCAUGCUCGAGUCAAGUAUUAUAAUGAGCUAAGCAAAUAUAUUGAAAUCCAUACCUAUGGGCAAGCAUUUGGAGACUAUGUGAAUGAUAAAAACUUGAUUCCAACUAUCUCCACUUGUAAAUUUUAUCUGUCCUUUGAAAACUCAAUCCACAAAGAUUACAUUACUGAAAAACUUUACAAUGCUCUUCUGGCUGGAUCUGUGCCAGUUGUAUUGGGCCCAUCCAGAGAAAACUAUGAGAAUUAUAUUCCAGCAGAUUCUUUCAUUCAUGUGGAAGAUUUCCUCUCCCCAAGAGAGCUAGCAGAGUAUCUUCUGAUGCUUGACAAAAAUAAUAAGCUGUAUCUUAGCUACUUUAACUGGAGGAAAGACUUCUCAGUGCAUCUUCCUCGGUUCUGGGAAUCACAUGCAUGCCUUGCUUGUGACCAUGUAAGGAGACACCAGGAGUACAAGUCCAUUGGAAAUUUAGAAAAAUGGUUUUGGAAUUGAACUUUUUACCUUUUUGUGCAUUUUUUCAAAAAAACGGACAUAAUCUGUAGCCCAAGUGGAGGUGGGAAGGAAAAAAAAUAAUCUGUGUUUUAUGUCACUGUUUAUCAGCUAUCCUCUCUUGAGGUAUCUUAUUUAUGUUU